GGCCUUCAGCCCAAAAGGCAGUGGCUCAUACCUCAAGGGCUGCAGUUUUCGAGACGAACAAGACGCGGGCAUUAGACGCGGCCUCCCUGGCGUGGCUCCAUCUGACCCUUCCUGGCGGGCCAGAACCUGCUAUUCAGCCUGCACCCCGUUCCCAGAUAAAAAGGAUUGUCCGGUCAUACAAGUCAGCCAUCCAGAUGUGGAGAUCAACAAAAUCAUCGCAUCACGGGACAAGAGACGCGCUGAUGGGUGGUCUCACUGCACUCGGCUGGGGAGUGUGUUUCUGCGCACACGAGGCAGAUGUGUGUAUCUCUAAACAACCAGCACCCGUCACUGUCGCCACAUCUGACUCGGACUUCUUGUUUCAUGGUAUUGCUACUCUCUUUCGCCAAGAUCCACAGGACAGGGCCAUCUUCCGCCGCUACCGUCCCGCAGAGAUAUGGAGGCAUCUUGACCUGAAUCGAACCAUGGUCAUUGUACUCGCAACUGUGACUAAGAAUGACUACGUCAACAAUGUCAAAGGCUACGGAAUCGCUAAGAACCUGGAUCUGAUCAAGAGUCUACCCAACGUGACUGGACUUAACUACCGAAGGCUUCCGGCGGCAUACUGCAGUCAUCUUACGAACAAGAACGACUUUCCUGAAGGCCAGACAGUCCUAAACCCUGCAUACUUCAAGAGCGCAGAGGACAUAUACCUCAGGAAGCACGAGCUCCCAGUCAGUCAGCAACAACAAGCGGUUUUUCCUUCCAUGAUCGAGCUUGACGAUCAAAUGAGAGACAUGAU